AUGCCUCGUCGCGCGGUCUCAGUCGAGGAAAGGAGAACACGCAAACGGGAUCGUGCCCGUAAACUUCGGCUCCGGCAGCGACAAGAACGACUGGUUCAAUACGAGCUUGAGUGCAUGCAAUACUCCUCCACUGUCCGGCUCAUCGCUCAGACAGUUGAUCCGCCGCCAGCUGUCCCAGCGGCGAUGGCAUCUGCUCCUGGUUAG